AUGGGCAAGCCUUUAGACGCCGCGUCGCCCAACCCCUCGUCCUCCUCAACACCCUCGUGCCCCACGGAAGCAUCUGCGUCCAUGACCAUCCACCCGCCGCCGCCGCCCCAUCGCUACUUUGACGAAGACACGGCCGAGCUCACAAACGACGACGACGACGACGACCUGCCUCCCCUGUACUCGGAUCACGAAGAGUUCAACCACAACACCGACUCCUUCACGCCCUUUGACCCUCUCCUCCCGCGGCUCCCCCACGGCGACAUCUUUGAGACGGUGCACCCGUUUCGCCGCGACGAAACGAGCACCUACUUCCUCGACCGCAGGCUCGACCGCGACCCAGACUUCCUGGCCGGCCACAUUUACAAACUGUGCCAGGUGCCCCCGCGGCCGUUUGUCAAGCUCGUCGGCACGCACACGGAGAGCUGCUCGGGCGGCGGCGACGACGACAACAGGGGCAGCAGCAGGGAGACCAAGACGGUGACCGACUUCGACAUUGAGAUUGAGCUCACGCACCUCCUCUACAGCGACGCGCGGACGGCGCAGGCGCGGCGGUCGAUCCGCACGGCGGGCAACCUGGAAAAGGUGCGGCGCGGGACCGUCUUCGCGACGCGCGCCCCGGGGUUCGGCGGCGCGGGGCCCGUCCCGGAAGAAGGCACGCCGGAGCUGCGCGAGUGGUGCCGGCGGUACUGCGCGUCGGCCUCGUGGCUGCGGUGCUUCACGGUGCAGCGCCGCGUCGAGGGGUGCGACUGGGACGCGCUGGGCGCCCGGCUCGAGGGCCUCGCGCGCGCGGCCAACUACCGCGGGCGCGUCGAGGUGCGGUUCCCCGUGCGGCAGGCCCGCGGGCACGUCUACAGCGACUGCCGCGUCAACCGGUGGCGGCUGACGCCGUGGGUCGUCGCGCUCUUCACCUUCUCGCUCGCGUUUGUGCUCGCGUGGCCGGCGUUGUUCCUGGCCACGCGGCGCUGGGAGACGGUCACGGCCGAGUGGCGGAUGGGCGAUGUCCAUGUCCGUGUCGAGGAGGCGUGGUACGCCGUCUGGGCGGGCACCAUCCAGAGGGCCAUGCUGGAGAGGAGGAGGGGCCUGCUGGACCAGGGCGACCUGCAGAGGACUUGGGCGCGGGGGGGAGCCGGCCGGCAGGGGGAUGCGGUGGCGGCUGCUGUUGAGGCCAUGGGCGUCGUGAAUCGCUCUUUUGGCUGGGGGGAGGAUAGCUGUUGA